AUGAGCCUCACUGCUGAAUCCGGACUGUUCAGUGCGGUAUGUGAGAGCACGCGCGGGUCGGAACGUCCGAGUGCAAUCUUAUUUUUCCGAGCGGCUUUGGCUUGGUGCCGGCGGCUUAUUGCCUACGUGCUAGCGGGCCGGUCCUACCCGUCAUAUUAUUCUAUCGAGCGGCUAUCGCCUGCGCCCACACGACCGAUAUUAGUAUACCCAAAGCUGCCUUCUUCAGAUAUUGCUCUGGAUCGUAAA